AGCUAGAUUGUUUCUUUGUACCUCUCCGAAAACAAGUUUUCUUGUUGAAAUUGAUUUUACAAAGAGCUAGCUGCAGAGGAGCAUUUCGAGUACUAAAAGAGAGCAAAUAUGGGUUCUCCGGUAAUACUUGAAAAACCUUAUGGAGCAGCCAUGAGUGGAGAUUGGGAAAGCAUGAUUGAACAGUUCGAAUAUUUUUUCUCUCCAGUUUCGCACUCUUUGGAUACUGUACUUCAUCUAGCUGUGCACAGCAACAAAAAGAAACCACUUAAAGAUUUACUUGAAAUCGUGAAGGAAAAAGAAUCACCUUUAACUGAGGAAGAUUUUCUCAAGAUAAAAAACAAAUUUGGAAAUACUGUUCUUCACGAGGCAACCAUCUAUGGGAAUUAUGAGGCUGUAAGACUCUUGGUAGAACGUUGUCCAGACCUCCUUAAGGAAAAAAAUAACUACGGUGAAACCCCAUUGUUUACAGCUGCUGGAUUUGGUGAGGCUGAAAUAGUGGAGUUUUUAAUCCGUUCCAAACCAAAACAAUGCGUGGAUGAUAAAAACCGCCUUUUGUCAAUUCACAGCAAGCGAUCGGAAGAUGGGCUGUCCAUUCAUAGGGCAACACUUUGGAAUUAAGGGAUUGUAUAUAUAGGGUUCUCAAACGACUUAAUUCAGAAAAAAACUACAAGCUAGGUUGUUUCUUUGUAGUCAUCUCUCCGGAAACAAGUUUUCUUGUUGACAUUGAUUUUACCAAGAAGUAGGUGGAGGAGCAUUUCGAUCAUUUCCAUUACUAAAAGAGAGAAAACAUGGGUUCUCUUUCUAUAUUGGAGAUACCUUAUAGAGCAGCCAUGAGUGGAGAUUGGAAAAGCAUGCUUGACCAUUAUCAGGGACGUGUCCUAGAUAUGCCCUUGCCAGUUACGCUCUCUGCGGAUACUGCACUUCAUUUAGCUGUGUACAGAAAACAAGAGCAACCACUUAAAGAUUUACUUGAAAUCGCGAAGGAUAUAAAAAUCCUUGGACCUGAUGAGGCAGAAUUCCUUGUACCUCAUGAGACAGAGUCCCCUGAGAUUGAAUUUCUCAAGAGAAAAAACAAAUUUGGAAAUACGUCUCUUCACGAGGCAACCAUCUACGGGAAUUAUGAGGCUGUAAGACUCUUGGUAGAUUGGUGUGCAGACCUCCUUAAGGAAACAAAUAACCACGGUGAAACCCCAUUGUUUACAGCUGCUGGAUAUGCUGAGGCAGAAAUAGUGGAGUUUUUAAUCCGUUCCAAACCACAACAAUGCGUGGAUGAUAAUGGCCGCCUGUUAUCAAUUCACAUCAAGCGAACGAUAGAUGACCUGUCCAUCCUUAGCAAUGCUAUCAGAGGGCAACACUUUGAAACAGCUUUACUGUUGCUAGAACUGGAUGACUCGCUCCACAAGUUGAAGGACAAAGACGGCGUAACUGCUCUUCAACUUCUAGCCCAAAUGCCAACCGCUUUUGAGAGUGGAUUUCCCAUGGGCAUAUGUGGAAGACUCAUCUACUGCUGCCUUCCUGUUAAACGUCACCACAAGGUAAAAUCACAGGUACUAGAAACUUGGUUGAAGGAAAGCAAGAUGCUGGAGAGGAAACCAAGAGGCGGCAUACUCAAAUAUUUAAAGGUCCCUAAAGUAAGAUGUUGGCUAGAUGGAUUCUGGAACCAGAAAAGAAAGCAUGUAUUUGCUUUGAGACUCGCCAAAAACCUAAUAGAGAAAGAUGAGUCAUUGAAUAAAGUCAGCCUACCAAAGGAAGGACUGGGUGAGAAACAAUAUAGAAAGGGAGAAAACCAGUUCUCUGAAUUCACUAGCAAAGGAAAAGAUACAGGAGAAAUUUCUGAAACGAACUCAUCAUUGAAGGAGAAGAUCCCAAUGUUUAUUGCAACCAAAAAUGGAAAAGAAGAAAUUGUGUUGGAGAUAAUGAAAAAAUAUCCCGGUGCUAGGAAGGAGCAUAUCCCAUUGUUUAUUGCAACUAUAAAUGGAAUAGAAGAGAUUGUGUGGGAGAUAAUAAAUCAAUAUCCCCACGCUGUUGAGCUUCUCAAUGAGGAGGGGCAGAGCAUUUUGGAUGUGGCCGUCAAGCAUCGCCAGAAAAACAUCUUCAGUCUUGUGAAGCGUCAGAAAAUACCAUUGGCUAGACUGCAUCGAGUUGUUGAUAAGAAGGGCAACACAAUGCUGCACCAUGUUGCAGAUAUGGAACAUUACAGAGGAGGAACCAAGCCUGGGCCUGCACAUCAACUUCAGGAUGAGUUGCAAUGGUUUGAGCAAGUAAGCAAGGUAAUUCCUUCUCAUUAUGUCACGCUUCGGAACGAUGAUGGCAUGACUGCAAGAGAACUCUUCUACGAGCAGCACAAGGAGCAACUGAACAGUGCACGAACGUGGAUCAAGGAAACAACUCAGUCUUGUUCCACAGUAGCUGCACUUGUUGCUACUUUUGUCUUUGCUGCUGCCUAUACUGUGCCUGGCGGUUCUGAUGAGAAUGGCAAGCCCAAUCUCAUCAAAUCUCCUUAUUUUCUGACUUUCGCUGUCGCGGAUGUUGUCUCCCUAGCAUUCUCCUUGACUUCACUUACGGUGUUUCUCUCUUUGUUGACCUCUCGAUUUGAGCUGCAAGAUUUCCACAUCGCUCUUCCUCGAAAACUUACCGUUGGCUUCACCUUCCUCUUUUUAUCAAUGAUGACGAGCAUGCUAUCCUUUGGGUCAACAAUUUUAAUACUCGUUCAAUCAGGGACAAAAUUAACAACAUUACUCCUUUCCGUUGCUUCAUUUCUUCCUGUCUUGGUAUUUACAAUAAUGCAAUUACGUCUUUACGUCUCAUUUCUGGACUCUACCUACGACAUUCUCAAGACAAACAUUCUCAGGAUAACCGGGAAAGCUCUGCCACCGUUUCGUGUCCCUUGCCUACCACGGGAGAAAAAGCUCCGUCGAGUUCAUUAAUAUGAGAGAUUUAACUGUCAUAGAGGUUAUUCCAUUUUCUUGAUGGUUUGAACCUCUACCAUAGAUCAUUAUAUAUUAUGUUUUAUUGCAUGUAUGGUUGUUAUCCAGUUUCGUGAAAUUUAUGUGGUUGAGCUCUCUUCAAUGACGGUCUUGAAGCUCUUUUCAAUGUAUGUAUUAUAUAUAGUUUGUCAUAGGUUGGUAUUUGAAUGUUAUGAUGUGAAGGUUGUUAAAAUAUUUUUUUUCAAA